AUGGCAUUUCAUUUCCGGAAACCAGAUUCCAAGGUUGCUGCUGGGGGGGAGCAGGAGCCGCAGGCUGGGGGGGAGCAGGACCCGCAGACUGGGGGGGAGCAGGACCUGCAGGCUGAGAGGGAGCAGACGUUGGAGUUGGAGAUGGAGAUGGGGAGGCAAUGGGAGCUGCCUACUGGAAGGCAGCAAAAGCUGCAGGCUGGGGGGCAGCAGGAGCUGCAGGCUGGGAGGCAGCAGGAGCUGCAGGCUGGGAGGCAGCAGGAGCUGGAGGCUGGGGUUGAAUGGGACCCGCAGGUUGGGAAGGAGCAGGAGCCGCAGACAAAGGGGCAGCAGGCUUUGGAGGCGGAGAUGGAGAUGGGGGGGCAGCAGCAGCUGCCGGCUGGAAGGCAGCAAGAGCUGCAGGCUGGAGGGCAGCAAGAGCUGCAGGCUGGAGGGCAGCAGGAGGGGCCGGCUGGAGGGCAGCAAGAGGGGCCGGCUGAGGGGAAGGAAGACCCGCAGGCUGGGGGGGAGCAGGAGUCGGAAGUGGACAUGGAGAUAGAGAUAGGAAUGAAGCAUGCAACUUGA